AUGACUUCGAUGAUCACGGCGGCCCAAUGGGUCCCCAGGGGAUUCGCCGCGCCCUUCCCUACGAAAUACACCUUUGACGAGGAGGAGUUUGCGCGCAUUGCCGAGUUGGCCAAGCUGAAGCUUGACGACGCAGAGGAGGACCUCGAGGAGGCCCAAGAGAAGGAAGCUGGUAAGAAGGGAGGAAACGACAAGGUCGAUUCUUCGAUGGAAGUUGAAGGUGCCAAGAACGGAAAGCAGGAGCAGGACAAGGUCAACCUCGACGACGACGAUCUGAAAGAAUAUAACCUUGACAACUAUGACGAUGAGGACGAUGCACCUGGCCAAGGCGAGAGCAUGGGAAUCUUUGGCAACGUGAAGAACCUGGCGUACUACGAAUCCAACGCCGAAGACCCCUACAUCACCCUCAAGAACGAAGCAGGCGAGGACGACGAGGACGAGGAUCGCGAAGACCUCCAGAUUCUGGCAACCGAUAACCUCAUUCUCUCGGCCAAGGUGGAGGACGAGCUCGCACACCUCGAAGUGUACGUCUACGAGGACGCAGCCGACAACCUCUACGUGCACCACGACAUCAUGCUGCCCGCCAUCCCACUCGCGGUCGAGUGGCUCGACAUGCCGGUCAACAAGGCCGGUGUCGAGAAGGUCGCGCGGGGCAACUUUGUCGCCAUUGGCACCAUGGACCCCGACAUUGAGGUCUGGGACCUGGACACCAUCGACUGCAUGUACCCGAAUGCCAUCCUUGGGCAGGGCGGCAACACAGGAGAGCAAAAGGACAAGAAAAAGAAGAAGAAGAAGUCCAAGAAGGCGAACGAUGAGUUUCACGUCGAUGCCGUGCUCUCCCUGGCCGCAAACCGUCAACAUCGCAACCUGCUCGCCUCGGCUUCAGCAGACAAGACAGUCAAGCUAUGGGACCUCAACACCACAAAGUGCGCCAAGUCGUACUCAUACCACACCGACAAGGUGUGCUCCUUGGCAUGGCACUCGGCAGAGCCCACGGUCCUGCUGAGUGGUAGCUACGACCGCACCGUCGUGGCCGCUGACAUGCGUGCGCCCGACGCAAAGGCACCGCGAUGGGGCGUCGAGAGCGACGUCGAGAACGUGCGAUGGGAUCCCCACGACCAAAACUUCUUCUUCGUCUCCACCGAGAACGGUGCGGUGCACUACCACGACAUUCGGAAUGCACCCUCCGACCCGACGGCCACAAAGUCCGUGUGGACCCUGCAAGCGCACGACGAGUCCGUGUCGUCGUUCGACAUCAACCCAGUCAUCCCUGGCUUCAUGGCCACCGGGUCCUCAGACAAGUCGGUGAAGCUGUGGAAUAUUGAUUCGACAGGGCCCAAACUCGUCGUGUCCCGUGAUCUGGACGUGGGCAAGGUCUUUGCCACCACAUUCGCGCCUGACGCUGAAGUUGGGUUCCGCCUGGCUGUCGCCGGCAGCCACGGGAGCAUGCACGUCUGGGACACCAGCACCAAUGGCUCUGUGCGCCAGACUUUCGCGCACAGGGUACCGGAGCAAGGGGGGAAGAAGGAGGACCGCCUGGUCGGUGUGGAAGAGAGCGACACGGACAGUGAUAGCGAUGAAGGGGCCGAGAACGACGAGCAGGAGGAUGACGAUGACGACUCAAUGAGUGACGCUUGA